AUGCCUCGGCCUGGCCCCCUCCUCCCUGUCCUGGUGCUGCUCCUGGCAGGGUGCCCGAGUGAGGCCUGGGUCCCCAGCCAGUGCAGCACCCCGGGCGAAGCCGUGUGUGACUUUGUGUGCGACUGCGCGGACUGCUCGGACGAGAGCCAGUGCGGCUACAGCAGGCCAGCGUCCACCCUGGGCUCCACCUUCACCUGUGACUUUGAGCGGGACCCCUGUGGCUGGCAGGACAUCAGCACCUCUGGCUACAGCUGGCUCCGUGACCGGGCAGGGGCUGUGCCCAGGGGGGCAGGGAUCCGCUCAGACCACACGCUGGGCACUGACCUGGGCUGGUACAUGGCUGUGGGAGUCCACCGCGGCAAGGAGCCGGCCACAGCGGCCCUGCGGACACCCAUGCUGCGAGAGGCCGCGCCCACCUGCGAGCUGAGGCUGUGGUUCCACGCAGUGGCUGGGGAUGUGGCCGAGCUGCGGCUGGAGCUGACGCACAGCACAGAGACUCUCACCCUGUGGCACAGCGUGGGGCCCUGGGGCCCAGGGUGGCAGGAGCUGGUGGUGGUCACCGGACGUGUGCGUGGGGACUUCCAGGUCACCUUUGCUGCAGUGCGCAACGCCACGCACAGGGGCGCCGUGGCCCUGGACGACGUGGAGUUCCGCGACUGUGGGCUGCCCACCCCCCAGGCCAGCUGCCCCCUGGGGCACCACCGCUGUGGGAACCAGGCCUGCGUGGAGCCCCACCAGCUGUGCGAUGCAGAGGACAACUGCGGGGACCACUCGGAUGAGGACCUGCCCACCUGUGGCCACCUGCUGACCACGGACUUCGAGACCGGACUGGGCCCGUGGAGCUUCUCUGAAGGCUGGGCACGGAAUCAAAGUGCAGGCAGCCCCAGGCACCCCACCUGGCCACUUCGAGACCACAGCAGGAACAGCCCCUGGGGCUCCUUCCUGAUCUCUGAGGCCCAGCCCAGUGCACCUGCCGUCCUCUCCAGCCCCGAGUUCCAGGCCUUGGGCCCCCACAACUGCUCGUUGGUUUUCUACUUUUACCUGCACGGCUCGGAGGCCGGCUCCCUCCAGCUGCUCCUGCAGACGCAAGGACCCAGAGCUGCCCAGGCCUCUACCCUCCUGCGGAACCGCCGUGGGGAUCUGGGGGCAGCCUGGGUCCGAGACCGGGUGGACGUCUGGAGUGCCCACCCUUUCCGCAUCCUGCUGGCUGCGCAGACAGGCCCCGGGGGCGUGGUGGGCCUGGACGACCUUAUCCUGUCUGAAAGCUGCAAGCCGGCCGCAGGUGACAGCCCGAGGUCCUCGCUGCUGAUCAGGGGGCCUGGGCCAGCCCAGCACCCCCUGACCCACUUCCACCCCACAGAGACCAGGCCCCCAGUCACCCUCUCCCCGCCAUGGGACCCGCAGCCCCGAGGCCUGUGCGAGCCAGGUCAGCUGGCCUGUGAGGACCUAUGCGUGCCCCCGGAGCAGCUCUGCGACUUUGAGCAGCAGUGUCCGGAGGGCGAGGACGAGCGAGGCUGUGGCACCACAGACUUUGAGUCACCCAAAAUGGGUGGCUGGGAGGACGCCAGCGUGGGCCGGCUGCAGUGGCAGUGGCUCAUGGCACAGGAGAGCCCAGGGCCUGGCGUGGAUGUCAGCGGGGCCCCCUCUGGGCACUUCCUGUCUCUGCAGACAGCCUGGGGACAGCGGAGGGCUGCAGCCCGACUCCUCUCGCCUACCCUGGGACCCUCAGGUCCUCACUGUGAGUUCCAGCUGGCGUACUACUUCCAGAGCCACCCCCAAGGCUUCCUGGAGCUAGCUGUGGUGGAAGGCAGCUCCCGAGAGCUGGUGUGGCAGGCCCCGAGCGGCGGCAGCAGGCACUGGACGACCGACAGGGUCCUCCUUGGGGCCAGGCGUCGGCCCUUCCGUCUGGAGUUCCUGGGGCUGGUGGACCCAGCCGGUCCUGGGCAGCAGGGGGCGGGGCUGGAUGAGCUAACCAUGAGACACUGCAGCGCCAUGGCAACCACUGAGCAGGACAGAGAGGUCUCCUGCAACUUCGAGAGGGACGCGUGUGGCUGGUACCCAGGACACUUCACAGACGCCCACUGGCAGCGGGUCCAAAGCCGCGGCCCCGGUUACGACCACACCACUGGCCAGGGCUUCUUCAUGCUCCUGGACCCUGCUGACCCGCCGGCCCAGGGCCAAGGUGCCCACCUGCUCACGGGGCUCCAGACGCCCACAGCCCCAGUGCAGUGCCUCAGCUUCUGGUACCACCUCUAUGGUCCGCAAAUUGGGACGCUGCGACUGGCUCUGAGACGGGCAGGGGAGGACACCGAGCUGUGGUCCCGAUCGGGCACCCAUGGCAACCGCUGGCACGAGGCCUGGGCCACCCUGUACCACCAGCCAGACUCGGGCGAGUACCAGCUGCUGUUCGAAGGCCUCCGGGACGGGUACCAGGGCACCAUGGCGCUGGACGACGUGGCUCUGCGGCCGGGUCCCUGCUGGGCACCCAAGCGCUGCUCCUUUGAGGACUCACUGUGUGGGUUCUCGGCUGCCGGGGAGAGCUCCUGGAGGCACCAGGCUGGGGCCUCGGCACACAGCUGGGGCCCCAGCACAGACCACAGCACUGGGACAGCUAAAGGUCACUACAUGCUGGUGGACACGAGCCAGGCUGCCCUAGCGCGGGGCCAGGUGGCCACCCUAACCUCGGGGGAACACAGGGCCCUGACGCAGCCUGGCUGCCUGACCUUCUGGUACCAGCUUAGCCCCCGCAGCCCAGGCACCUUGCGGGUCUACGUGGAGGAGGGCGGGAGGCGGCAAGUCUUCAGUGUGAGCGCCCACGGGGGCUUCGCCUGGCGCCUGGGCAGCGUGGACGUGCAGGCCGAGUGGGCCUGGAGGGUGGUGUUUGAGGCCAUGGCCACAGGCGAGAAGCACUCCUACGUGGCGCUGGACGACCUGCUCCUUCAGGACGGGCCCUGCCCCCAGCCAGGCUCCUGCGACUUUGAGUCUGGCCUGUGCGGCUGGAGCCACCUGGCCUGGCCCAGCCUGGGCAGGCCCAGCUGGGACUGGAGCAGCGCUGCCACCCCCUCCCGCUACCCCCAGCCCCGCACGGACCACACCCUGGGCACGGCCGAAGGCCACUUUACCUUCUUUGAGACCGGAGUGCUGGGGGCCGGGGGCCGGGCGGCCUGGCUGCGCAGCGAGCCGCUGCCGCCCACGCAGGCCGCCUGCUUCCGCUUCUGGUACUACCUGGGUCUCCCCGAACACUUCUACAAAGGAGAGCUCCGCGUGCUGCUGAGCAGCUCCCAGGGCCAGCUGGCCGUGUGGAGCCAGGGCGGGCCGGUGCAGCAGUGGCAAGAGGCCCAGCUGAACGUGGCCAGCACCCAGGAGUUCCAGAUGGUAUUUGAAGCCACUGCAGACGGGCAGCCGGCCCUAGGGCCCAUCGCCGUGGAUGACGUGCAGUAUGUAGAAGGGGAGCCCUGCCAGCAGCCUGCGCUCAACCAGGGGAAUAGGGCGACGCGUGCCCUGGUGCCAGCCGUGAUCGGAGGCAUCCUAUUCUUGCUGCUCCUCGUGUUGCUGGGGCUCGGGGGGCUGCACUGGCUGUGCAAGAAGGGCGUCUGCCCCUUCGGGGGCCAUGAGGGCCCUGAGGCCGCCAGCGGGGCUGCUGGGCCUGAAGCCACGGGCUCCGCAGCAACCGCCUCCAACUUCGACAACAUCCUCUUCAAUGAGGACCACAUCACCCUGCCGUCCAGCCUCAACCUGUGA